ACACUUUUACAGUAGCAGUUUAUCAUGUGCGCAGCGGCACGAGUACAUUAAUGACGACCUAGAACGCAUCGACUCAUUUAGGGGAGGAGUUGUGUAGCGAUAGCCCACUAUUACAUAAAUUGUUUUCAGUAGGUCAGAGUUUCACUUAGUCACCCACCUCCCCUGUCCUCAGUAGAGACUUCCCCGGACAGAGAGAUCGAUGAAAUGGCGACCAAGAAGGCGGUUUUGUUCAACCUGUGGGGGGUCGUUGUUUCUCCCAGCCCUGCAGAAGUUUUCCUCAAAUGCGAAGAAACCCUCAAACUCCCCAGUGGUUUUCUGAAGAAGGUGGUGAUUGACAAGCACAGCGCCAUGGAACGCGCAGAGCGGGGCAAACUCACACUCUCUCAGAUGAUCCCAGAGCUUGAUGCAGAGUGUGUGAGUGCAGCAUCAGAUCAGAAGGUCAGUCUUCCCGCUGGGUUCUCUGUUAAGAGCCUGUUGGAGGAACUCAGAGACUCAACCACCGUCAACAAACACAUUCUGCAGACCGUAGCUAUGCUCCGCAGACAAGGGUUAUUGACAGGUGUGUUGGCCAACCAGUGGGUGGAUGACAGUGGGAGUGGAGAUAGCUCUGGCCGGCUCCUCUCUCUGCUGGGCGGCCAUUUUGAUGUGGUGCUACAGUCCUGUCGUACAGGCCUCAGGGUCCCAGAGACCGACCUGUUCACCUCCGCUCUCACACAGCUGGGAGUGCCUCCGAAACAGGCUCUGUGGUUGGGUGAUGACGAGGAGGGGGUGGGAGCAGCAGAGGCAGUAGGGAUGACCGCUGUACUGGUGAAGGACCUGCCGGAAGCUCUGAAACAAGUAGAGACCUUCACUGGCGUACAGGUCGUAACAGGAGAAAGCUACCCAGCCUCUUGCAACCCAGAGGAGGUGUCUCAUGGAUAUAUCACCAUCAAGCCCAGUGUAAAGCUGCACUAUGUGGAGAUGGGAACGGGGCCUCCAGUCAUGCUGUGUCAUGGCUUCCCUGAGAGUUGGUACUCAUGGAGAUACCAGAUUCCAGCUCUAGCUGAUGCAGGGUUCAGAGUCUUAUCUCUGGACAUGAAGGGCUAUGGAGAGUCUACAGCUCCACCAGACAUAGAGGAGUACUCACAGGAACAGAUCUGCCAGGAUCUUGUGACUUUCAUGGAUAAAAUGGGUAUUCCCCAGGUGACUCUGGUUGGUCAUGAUUGGGGUGGAGCUGUGGUCUGGAACAUGGCCCGGUGUCAUCCAGAGAGAGUCAGAGCGGUUGCUUCUCUGAACACCCCUCUGUUCCCCGUGGACCCCUCCAAGGAUCCUAUGAACUUCCUGAAGACUGUGCCAAUCUUUGACUACCAGCUCUACUUCCAGGACCCCGGUGUAGCUGAGACUGAGAUGGAGAAAGACCUGGCAAGGACCUUCAAGAUCUUCUUCCAUGGCAGUGGAGAUAAGGAUAAUGUUCCUGAGAUCAACACUGCUGGAGUUUGUGCCAGAGGUGGUCUGUUCGUAGGACUGCCAGACGAGAUACCCAGGAGUUCUAUCCUCAGUGAGACUGCUCUGCAAUUCUACAUCACUCAGUUCAAAGACAAGGGAUUCAGAGGGCCGUUGAACUGGUACCGAAAUGUUGUGAGCAACUGGAAAUGGCUAUGCUCCCGACCCAGGGCUAAGCUCUUGAUGCCAGCUCUCAUGGUGACAGCUGGUAAAGAUCCUGUCCUGCUGCCUGUCUUCUCCAAGGGAAUGGAAAACAUGAUCCCGAACUUAACAAGAGGACACAUCGAAGAAUGUGGACACUGGACCCAGAUGGAAAGGCCGUCUGAGCUGAACACCAUUCUGAUCUCCUGGCUGAAAGACACUCACAACAACACCGGGGUUGCCAUGACACCCAAGCUGUGAUCAGUUACCAGGACAACAUAUUCCUUUGUAGUGAACUGUUGGAAUCAUCUGUUAAUUCAGAAUUAUUUCUACAACUGUACGAUGCCCUUUUAAAUUUUUUUUAGGUGAAACAUUUUUCUCUUCUAAAGACGCACACGCUGCACAAGUGUAUCAACAGCCACGACACCUCCAGCAUGAUGUCUCAAAACGGCCCUUUUUUGAGACAGUUCGUGAGAAAGUGCGACUGACCUAUAUUGUUGAGUGUACAAAAUAUAAAGGACACCUGCUCUUUCCAUCACUUAG